AUGGGCACGAAUAUGAAACGGCUAGUUGAGGAGCAUGCCAACGAGAUAGCUCAGAACCCUCGUAUCGACAUUGAAAAGGUAAGAAAGAUAAGGUACCUUUAUGAGUUCGAUCGAGAAUUGCAAGGCCCCACUUGGGGCUAUCCCACGGAGGGAGCGUAUUACCGAGAUGCUUCAUCUUGUGACUCUCUGCUUAGCGUACGAACACCGCUCUUUGGACUUCACGCAGAAGACGAUCCAAUCGCUGUUGCAGAAGCACUUCCAUUACAAGAAAUCAAGCAGAAUCCUUGGACAGUGCUCUGCACAACUUCCCGCGGAGGUCAUUUAGGCUGGUUCGAAAGUGGAGGUGAUAGAUGGUUCACUAAGCCAGCGUGUCGAUUUUUGCAGCGAAUGUCCGAGGGAGUGGAUUUUGAGAAAUUGAGUUCACGUUCUCAUGCAGAGGACGGGGUGCAAGAACCCAAUGGUUCCCCUGGGGUAUUUGAUCCGAUGAGGCGGAAGCUCGAGGCUCUAAAGCAAAGUAGGACGGACCUUGAGUAG